AUGCAUUUUGGUCUUAUAGUUUUUCUCUUGGGCUUCGUUGUACUACAGCAAUUCAUUCAUGUAGAAUCACUCGUAUCGCCUAUAAACAGUCCUGAUAACGACGCUGGUCGACCAUAUUUUGCUCGACGUUUACGAGCUCCACUCAUGGGCCGCGCACCAACGCUAUUAACAAUCGAUGAAAUAAGCAAUCAGAAAUAUACAGAGUCCGCUAGUAGUAGCAGCAGUGCAAGUAAUGACGAACAGCCGGUUCAACUCGAAAAACGGCGGCCAGGUGCACCAUUAUUCGGUCGUCGAUGGAUCAAUACGAAACGACGAGGACCACUUUUCGGUUAA